AUGAACACUGACUUCAUAGCGAAGUCAUUUACAAGUUCGAGUGACAUUCUGGGACUGAAGGGUGCAUGGAUAAAGCGUUUCGCCUCAACUGCAAAAAUAUUGAAUGCCGAGGAAAGUAUACUCCAUCAUUUUCUCCGUUUAAGACAUCGUUUAGUGAUAGUUGGGCUUACUGGCUGCGGUUAUACUUCACAACAUCACCCUCGUUCUACAAAUUGGUCUUGUAUCGUUGAAAAAUGGUAUACGAAAGUUGUCGUGAAAAAAGUUUCGUUAUGUAUUCCAAUGAGAACGAAAUCAGAACAGGACAUGGAAAAGAGUGACAUAGAUAGUUUUGCUGCGUCUGAAUCUAAUACAACAUCAAUUCAGGAAGAGCAGUCAUCAAACGAAAGCGCCGGUAACACAUACGACCAAGGAAUAUCAAUAAAUGAAAAUAUAUUAAGAAUGCAUGUGAAAUAUUUUGGAGAUUUUAUUCCACAUUUUAUAAAAUAUAAGGAAUUACAAAAAAAUAAUCAAUAUUCAUGCGCAAACGAUGAUGUAAUGGACAUUCGAGGAGAAAGUGGAUUUUCAAAAUUUUUGACGCUCGAUGAUUAUAUAAAAUUACGAACAAAAAACCCAAAGAGAAAAGUUGAAUUACCGGAAGAUUGGUGUAAUUUUCUUGAGGAAUAUUUUAAAGAAACAACAAAAAAUGGAUCAAUAAAAAGUGUACCUAUUGGAUUUGGUGCUGCAAAAGAGGGAGAUAACAAAGAAGUAAUAAAAUUAAAAAAAUAUUUGAAUCGGGUUAUGCUUCCGUUAAUAGAAUCAUUUUCAAAAUCAACCCCAGAUAUCAGUGCACCAAAUAGCAGUGAACAUCCAAAUGCCUCCAAACAUACUCUUCGCCCCAGCCAAAAAAUUAAUAAAAAAAAGAUUCACGGAGCAUUACAAGAGUUUGUAGGUCUCGAUUGGAGGGCGGUAGUUGAAAAAACGGGCGAAGAGAUUUUUGUUGGAGAACAAGCUGGUCUCCCUACUAAGUGUGAUUUAUAA